CACCUUUGACCUUAGCUCAGUAACCUUUGUACUCUCAGCUGGAACUUGGUGCAAACUUGCACGUCUACUUCUCCAAAGUAUAAUUUUGACUUUCAUCAAGGGAUCUGUUCAACCUUUUGGUGUCUUAAAAACGAAAACAAUUCUUCAUCGUUCAGUUUGUCUUAAAAGAAGGAGAAAAUGUUGUCACAAGAUGAAAGAGGCGACUUGCAAGCAGAAGAUGAACUUCUGCCAGACUUUGCUCCAGGCCCUUUGGACCUCUACAGGAAGAAAGCAUCCUUCAGCUGGAAGGAGAUGAAGGUGUUUCUGGAAGGAGAAGACAUGGUCAAGUUUAAGAAAUAUGUGUGGACAAAGCUGGAAGAGGAUCCUGCCUUUGCCCAUCCCUCCGAAGACCUGACCUUGGACCAGCAGCGGGAGCUGACCUUCCGCCGCCACAAGCGGUUCCUGGAGUACGACUUCCUGCACGACGAGGACGUCAUGGAGAACCCCAUGAAGGGGAUCGUCAUCGGCGACUGUGUGGGGAUGUACGAUUGGUCUCUGUCCGCAAAAUAUUCCUUAAACAAGCAGGUGAUGGGAUGUUUUUCCCUGACAGAGCUCAGUCACGGCACCAACACCAGAGCAACAAGAACCACUGCUACAUACGACCCAUCAACACAGGGCUUCAUCAUUAACAGCCCUGACUUUGAAGCCACAAAGUGCUGGAUAGGAAACCUUGGCAAGAUGGCUACCCACACUGUCCUGUACGCGCAGCUCAUAACUCCGGACGGCAAGAACCACGGGCUCCACUCCUUCGUGGUUCAGGUGCGGAACACCCGGACGCUGAAAGCCAUGCCUGGGGUGAUGGUAGGAGACAUGGGCAAGAAACUGGGACAGAAUGGCUUAGACAAUGGGUUUGUUGCCUUCAACAAGGUGUGGGUUCCCAGAGAAAGUCUCCUGAACAGGACUGGUGAUGUCACACCGGAUGGGAAGUAUGUCACUCCGUACAAGGACCCAAAGAAGAGGUUUGGCGCCUCUCUGGGCGCCCUGUCUGGUGGGAGGGUGGGGAUCACCAGUAUGGCGGUGUGUAACCUGAAGCUCUGCCUGCCCAUCGCCGUACGCUACUCCGCAGCUCGUAGACAGUUUGGCCCCCCAGGAAGCGCAGAGGAGAUCCCUGUACUGGAGUACCAGAUGCAGCAAUGGAGGCUUCUGCCAUAUGUCGCUGCUAUGUAUGCACUGGACCACUUCAGCAGAACCCUGUACAUGGACUUCAUCCAGCUCAGGCUGGGCGGCAUGAUGAAGGACAAGAGUGACAGACAGGAUGCCCUCGGGAGGGAGAUCCAUGCCCUGUCCAGUGCUGGGAAGCCACUGUCCACAUGGACGGCCAGAGAUGCUGUACAGGAGUGUAGAGAGGCCUGUGGUGGCCACGGCUACCUGGCAGUGAAUCGCCUUGGUGAUGUCAGGAAUGAUAACGACCCAAACUGCACCUACGAGGGAGACAACAACGUCCUCCUGCAACAAACCAGCAACUAUUUGGUAGGGUUGGCGAACAAACUGAGAGAUGGGACAAUAAGUUCCCCACUUCACUCUGUGGAUUUCCUGAGUGACUUCCCUGCCAUCAUCAAGUCUACAUUCCCAGCCUCUUCCAUGCAGGACUGUUUGGACGCUAAAGUUGCUGUUGAUGCCUACAAGUGGUUGACAUGUUACCUUCUGGACCAGAGCUAUAAGAAGCUGUCAGGUGAGAAGUCGAAGGGGAAGGAUCCGUUCUCGACCAGGAAUGACAGCCAGGUCUACUACUGUAGGUCCCUGUCUAUAGCCUUCAUGGAGCACACAGUGGUGGACAGAUUCUACCAGCUGUCCCACGAUGAGUCGACCCCAGCCAGCCUGAGGCCAAUCCUACAGAAGCUGUGCUGUCUGUAUGGGCUGUGGGCCCUGGAGAAACACUGUGCCACACUCUACCAGGGUGGUUACUUUACGGAAGCUAAGUCUGUAGCUUGGGUGAGAGAUGCCAUACUUCACCUCUGUGAGCAGUUGAAGAAUGAUGCUGUGUCGCUGGUAGACGUUGUUGCACCUCCUGACUUUGUCCUCAACUCACCUAUCGGCAUGUCUGAUGGCCAGAUCUACAAGAACCUGUGGACUUCCAUGCUGAGUGCGCCCAGGGUCCUGGAGCGACCCUCGUGGUGGAGGGACUUCAUGGACAAACCUGUCAUCGGAUCUGUCAAGAGCAAGAUGUAAAACUAGCAAGUCUGGUGUAUGUCUACCUUUUUUGGCUGCACAACAGGGGUGGAGCCUUUGAUGCACUUCUCUGAUUCAGUUGAAUAUACCAUAAGUGCUAAGCAUGCCAUUCCUCCUGUUAGGGAGUUCUGCUUGCCCAGAGCAGGAAAAAUCUGUUUUGCUGCUUUGUUUUCCUAUGAUCCAUUGGGAUGUAUGUGCCGUCAUAAUAACAGUUAAAUGGACUAACUUGGAUGCGAUCCUCAUUAGUUUACAUGUCCUGCCACUGGUUGAUGGGGAAAGAAUAAGAUAAAAUGAAAAACAUCUUUAACUUUCUUAAAGAUGAGACAUGAACCUGGGCGAUGAUUACAAAAUUACAAUCAUUCCCGGUACCAAUUGAAGUGUUUCUUCACAAAUUUCUCAGGAAUAAAUAUGAGAGCAAGGGAAAAUACAGUGAGACAUUCAUUGUACAUGAAAUAUACCUUGAAUUUAUUCUAAAGUUAGUCCAAAGUUUAUGCUAGAGCAGACUUAAACCUAAAUGUACAUUACAUGUACUUAGAUUACAAUUACUUUGGGUUCAAAGUUUAUGCUAUACAGACUUGUAACCAGAACAAUAAUGACUUUAAAAUACCUUCUGGUUAUGGUUUGCAUGCUUAAUUCAAACGUUCUGUUAUGUAAUGAUAAAUUUUAUUAUUUGUUGUACCUGAUGUAUAUCAAAAUGUGCUAUCUGUAAUUUUAACUAAGAUAGUAUUAAUGGAGUAUCUUAGAUAUCAGAUCUGAAUACUGAACUCUACCCAGUUAGUGUUUUAAUGAUUAAUAUAUAGAUGAAUAUGUCUGAUAUAAUCAAAUAUCAAAUGAAAAUAGAAAUUUCACUUCAGGGACAGAACAAACACAUUAUGACUAAUACAGUUUAAGGCAAUU